CAGUAAUUAAGCUGCCUUUCCUUUAAGCUGGACGUUUAUUAGUACCUGAACUAUGGAAUCUGAUAAGGAAAUUGUCGCUGCACACAGUGAUUCCUCGAGAAAAGAAAAACGGCAGCGCCAGAAAUCACUGAUUUUAGAGAUGUUUUUUGAAUUCACAAGUAACACAACACUACACGGAUUUAGGUACAUGACACAAAGAGGAUCACACCCGGUAGAAAAGAUAUUUUGGAUCAUAACCUUCACAGCGAGUGUGCUCAUGUGUGCUUACGCAAUAAAUAAUGUUUGGAUAAAGUGGCAGACGAGUCCCGUAAUAGUCACUUUGAGUGAAAGAUUAGUGUCUGUUGAUGAGGUUCCGUUUCCGUCGAUCACAAUAUGCCCUCAGAAAAAAAAUGUACCAUCUAUCUACAAUUACUAUGAAGUACAGACGAAAGUUUCGCGUGAAGAAGUUACUCCAGACGACCAAAUUGAAUUGGAAAAAUUCCAGGACGUAUCUUUAGUGUGCAAUGUUGAACACUUUCAUCACAAAGAUUUUGUUUACUUCAAUCGGUUCUACUCUAAUGUCACCCUUGUUAAUAGGCUACUAGAGGUUGCUCCAGAUCUUAAAGAUUUCACUUCUAUGUGCCGAUGGCAUAACAAGGAACUAAGUUGCAAAAGCUUAUUCCACAGAGUUCUCACUUCCCAAGGAGUUUGCUACACAAUGAAUACGUUAGCAGCAUCUGAAAUCUUUCGAACGGAAAAUAUACAUCAGGAUUUCGAGUAUUUGAUGGCAACGAAGAAAAGUCAAGGCUAUGUUAAAGACGUCGGCUACAACAGUCUAGAUGUUGAUACAUAUCCAAGAAGAGGAAGGAAGAAUGGAGUUGAACCAGAUUUAAUUGUUAUAUUAAAAGAAAACCUUAUGAAUAGAGAUAAACUAUGUAAUGUUCUUAAAGACGGUUUCAAGCUAUACUUAUAUCACCCGGCGGAUUUACCUCAGUCCUUAUUACACCACUAUAUCGCACUGCCUGGCCAAACUUCAUCGAUAUCACUUAGAUUUGAAAUUCAGAGCACAUCAACAAAAUUAAAUAAGCCAGUAUUCCUGGAGCAGCGCCAGUGCUUUUUUCCGCACGAGCGACAACUUAGAUAUUUCCAGAGUUACUCCCCAAACAAUUGUCGAUUGGAAUGCUUGACAAACUACACGUUCAAGAAAUGUGGAUGCGUCGGGUUUUAUAUGCCAUUUCACAUCAGCAAUAGGAUUUGUACGAUGGAAAAACAUGAUUGUAUGGACGCCGCCAUAGAAGAAUUAGCAACAGCACGAGUGUCAGAUUCCUCAUUGACAGAGAUAAAAGCUUGCAACUGCCUCCCUUCCUGUAAUAUGGUUGACUAUAACGCUGGAAUGAUGAUGUCGACAUUUCAUUUGGAGAAGUAUUGGAAAAACUAUAUUCAAACGUAUGGUAUAAACAACACCAUAUCGGAAAAAUUGAUGAAAAAUAACAGUUAUUCGAAGAUUGAGGUCUAUUAAGUAUACGAAGCCACGUUACAUGUCAUUCAAACGUUCAGAACUAUUCGGUACGACCGACUUCCUGGCGAACUGCGGUGGUCUGCUCGGAUUGUUCCUGGGAUUUUCCUUUCUCAGCCUUGUCGAGAUAAU